AUGAGCGUCCCCGUCCCCAAGUCCUCCGACCCAUCCGCGUUCCAGGACGACGACUCGUCCAUCGCACCCUCCACCAGCACAGAGACCGGCACAUCCCCCACCUACAACAAGAAGGAUGUCCCCCAGCCUAGCAGAGUCAGCAGGUUCAUGGGCAAGGUCGACCGCAUUACUUCGGGUGUGAGCCGUCUCGGCACCGCUGUCGCGACCACCUGGAACCCGAACCACAGGCACGACGAGGAAUGGGAGAAGGAGAUUGACCGCAAAAUCGAGGACAUUCGCAACGGACACCGCUUCCGCUCCUUUGCGCCUGAACGAGAGGGAAACAUGGUCAAGUGGCAGAUUGACGGGCACGACUACUUUUGGGCGCUGUCCGAGAUGAUCGACAGGGCAGAGAGCACCAUCAUGAUUCUCGACUGGUGGCUGUCCCCCGAGCUGCAGCUGCGUCGCCCGGCGGCCAAGUAUCCCGAAUGGCGUCUCGAUCGUCUGCUGCAGCGCAAGGCGGCCGAGGGCGUUCGCAUCUACGUCCAGGUGUACAAGGAGCACGCCCUCGAGGACCUGCACGAGAACAUUGCGUGCCAGCGCCAUCCGGACCACUCUGGCGGCGAGCUCGUGUACUACUUCUCGCACCACGACAAGCUCUGCAUCGUGGACAACAAGUAUGCGGCGCUCGGCGGACUCGACGCCUGCUUCGGACGAUGGGACACGCACGACCACCCGCUCGCCGACGUGCACCCUACCAAGUUUGGCAACUCGUUGUUCCCUGGCCAGGACUACAACAACUCGCGCGUCAUGGACUUCCAGACCGUGGACAAGUUUACCUCCAACGAGCUUGCGAUCCAGGACACGACCCGAAUGCUGGUUGACCUCGUGCAGCACUUUUGCGAGAGGUGGAACUUUGUCAAGGAGUUCAAGUACAAGCACGAGAAGCGGAUGGACUGGCUGCAGCUCCCGUCGCCGUGGGCGGACGUCUAUAGCGAGACGGACGCAGGCAAGGCGGCCGAGGACAAAAAGUUCCGCGAGGAGCACCCGCACCUGUCCAGGUGGAAGGAGAAGGGACGCCAGCUGUACCACCCCUUCCACUUCCCGCCCUCGGAGGAGCCGCGGGCGCACGAGGAGGUGCCCAGCGGCACUGCGCGCGUGCAGGUCGUGCGCUCGAUCUCGGACUGGAGCCACGGCUACCUGACCGAGGACAGUGUGCAGCAGGCGUACAUCGGCCUGAUCCGGGAGGCGAACCACUUCAUCUACAUUGAGAACCAGUUCUUCAUCACGGCGAUCGACGACACGACGCCGGUGAAAAACCAGAUCGGCGCCGCGCUCGUCGAGCGCGUCGUGUCUGCCGCCAAGGCCGGGCGGCCGUUCAAGAUUUUUGUUCUGAUCCCGGAAGUGCCCGCGUUCCCGGGCGACAUCCAGGCCGAGUCUGGACUGAAGGCGAUCAUGGAGGCUCAGUACCGCUCGAUCAACCGUGGGGGCAAGAGCAUCUUUGAGAAGAUCCGCGCCGAGGGCUUCGACCCGAACGAGUACAUCAGUUUCUGGAAUCUGCGCAGUUACGACCGGAUCAACGCGGCCGAGUCGGUCAUCAAGGCGCAGGAGGAGGCGUCGGGCGUCAAGUUCCACGAGGCGCAGGUCGCCAUGGCCCGCCUCUACGUCGGGGAGGCCGGGGACCAAGUCGACGAGGACGAGUACGUGUACAUCGAGAAGCCACACGAUCAGGCGACGGCAGCAGCCGAGACGAACAAGAAGAAGACUGCGCGCGAGGCGGUGAAGAUCCCGCGCACCAUGGCCGAGGCGCGGGACAUCAUCGACCGCUUCGAGGCCGCGGGCGCGCCACAGGGCAAGCCGACCGAGGACAAUAUCUGCCAGCACGCGCUGCGGACGGAGGGGCAGACGCUCCUCGACGAGCCCUGGAACGGGACGGAGCAGGAGGAGCGCGACGCGCUCGUCUCGGAGCUAUGCUACAUCCACUCGAAGCUCAUGAUCGUGGACGACCGGCGCGUGAUCGUCGGGUCUGCGAACAUCAACGACCGCUCCCAGAACGGCGAUCACGAUAGCGAGAUCGCAGUCGUGAUCGAGGACACGGAGCUGGUCGAGAUGUCAAUGGGCGGGAGGAAGUACAUGGGCUCGAAACUGGCCACGUCGUGGCGCCGCGCGCUCAUGCGCGAGCAUCUCGGCCUAGCGCCCUGCCAGGUCGUGGGCAGGGAGACGGCACAGAUGCACCCCGUGCCCGUCCCGAACGAGUAUGACUGGGGCUCGCCCGACGAUCUGCUCGUCGAGGAUCCCCUCGGCGUCGACUUUAGCAGGCUCUGGCGCGAAACGGCAAAGGAGAACAGGCGCAUCUUUGAUCGUAUCUUCAAGACUGUGCCCAACUCGAUGGUCAGGAACUGGGGGCAGUACAAGGACUUUGUGGAGAGGAAUAAGGGCAUCAAGGUAAGCGAAGCGAAGGCGCGCAGCGGUAGUCGAGCGAAGCGAGACUUGUUCUCUGUAAAGCAAGACCAAGUUCCGGCGAAGCGAGACCUUGUUCUUUGCAAAGCGAGACCAAGUUCCAGCGAAGCGAGACCAAGUUCUAGCAAAGCAAAGACUGGUCUCUGCACAAGCACAGUUGGCUGGUCUUUGUGA